GGUAAACAUGGCGUCGUCCUCGGUGACAUUGUCGCUGCUGCUCCGCCAUUGUCCAGCGCCGCUUGACUGUGAACGGCAGACGGUGCAUUGUUGUGCGGUUGCGGUUACAACGACCCUUUAGAUGGCGGCGAAGCCAGUAUGGUUGCGGACAAUUUUUGCUAACAAAAGCGCAAUGUGCAUGUGCAUUAUCAUUCAUUGAAAGAAGACCAAAAGAGAAGAAAGUAAAAAAAGUGAUUAAAGUGUGAUACAUCUUCAUACGAAAAAGCAAUAAAAAAGUCCAGAACAACUCAUCGGCAGACGAUCCGAAGCUCGGCAAACGAGGUGCGAAGCGACAACAAUAAACGAUUGAUCAAAGCGAAUGCCCUUUUUCGGUCGAAUUGGGUGAACAAGUCCCGAACGAGAUUUGAUGCCGAUCGAAUCGAACCGGAAAAAGAAGAGAGGAAGGAAAAGAGGAGGUGAAAACAAAAUCAAAACAAAAUUAGACACACCAUCUUACCACACCAAACACAGCAACGGCGUACCGAUUAGGGAGGGUUUUCGCUGUUAAGAGGGUGUGCGUUACCGAUAGAGAGGGUUCGUCGCUUGCUUCCAUGAAAGCUUCGUUGUGUCUAUUGUGUGAGAACAAGUGUGUUAAAGUGUUAAGGUGACCCUCUGUACCUGCUGUUGCUGCUGCUGCUACCAAAUUAGCAGGCUCAGCUGUGUCAUUUGAUACUUCUUGAAGGUGUGUUCGUUCAUCCCUUUUUUGCGUGUUUCAAGUGCCUGCGAGUGUGUGUGUUUAAAGGUGAAGUCUUUCAUCCCAAGUGAAAAGUAUCCUUUCGAGUCCUUUAAUCUGAAAGUGCAUUUUAACUCGAGUGCAUCACGGGCGAGGAAAGUGUGAGGUGAGUUUGCAAGGGGGGCGUGCAGAAGAGUCACAGAAAAAGGUCGCACUCCACAGCUUCCAAACAGCAACAGUGUGUGUGUGUGCUGUCGUCUAUGCUUAUGUAAGUGUGUACGUGUGUGGGUAUGCGUGACGAGUAAACACACGCCGUAGCAGGAAGAUCGUCGCUGUGCAUCGAAUUGCGGAAUUACUUGCGCAGAAUAGCAAUUGCGCAAAAGCGCAAAACGUUCACCGGGCGAAAGGGAUAAAAAGGGAACCGAGCCGCCGCGGGCUUCGGUUUGUGAGUGAAGCUGGAGGAAAAGGAGAUUGCAAAAAGUGCAUCGUUUUUCUGGCCCCGGUGUUGUGUACGCACGCGUUUGUGUGUGUGUGUGUGUGUGUGUGUGUGUUUGCCUGUGUUGUGAAGUAAAACAGCGACGACGAGAACAAACUUCAAACGUGCGCAGCUUCGAAUACGCAGGUUCCUAAGCCUCACACGGAAACUCACACGGACAAAGCUGCUGGAUAAGCCAGUCUCUUCCGUUGCAGUGCUGCUUCUAAACCGUCCCAAGCGAACGCAGAGAGGACAGGCGAUGCGAAACGGGAUCCGGCCGCUCUAGAACCCAGACAUGCAUAAUGAGCCCACCCUGCAGCCUGCGAGGGAGAAGCCACUCCCGAACACCAUCGACAACACGCCGGCCGCCGGCGCCACCACCACCGUCGUGCCCCACAGCAACGGCAAUAGUGCAGUACCGCACGACCCAACCCGUACACCGCUGCACGAGGCAGCCGCCGGGGGCGACGAAACAAAGGUGGAAACGCUACUGGCCGCCGGUGCCGACCGUAACGCAAAGGAAUCGGUGCACGGCAAUACACCGCUGCACGAGGCGUCCUGGAAGGGGUACAGCCGGUGCGUGAAGUUGCUGUGCGCGCUGCCCAAAACGAAACCAUCGUCCGGCGGCACGGGCAAGUCGGGCCUGUCGCUCGAUCUGCUGAAGGACGCGACCAAGAUCAAGCACGCGCUGCACGACACGAAGGGAGCGCUGCACAGUGCGCUGCUGGGGACGCGCAACUUUGGCGGCUUUUCCGCGCUGCAUCUGGCCGCCCAGAACGGGCACAACCAGAGCUGCCGGGAGAUAUUGCUCGCAGGGGCUGAUCCCGAUGUGCAGAAUAAUUACGGUGACUCACCGCUGCAUACCGCGUGCCGGUACGGACAUGCCGGUGCCAUUCGGAUCCUACUGUCGGCCAAGUGUGACUUUGAGCGGAUCAACCUGAACGGUGACACGGCGCUACACAUUGCCUGUGCGAUGGGCCGUCGCAAGCUGACAAGGAUUCUGCUUGAGGCUGGCUGUCGGCAAGACACCAAAAAUGCUCAGGACGAAACCCCUCGGGACAUUGCACAGCGCAAAAACUUGGUGGAAAUUCUCAACAUCCUCAACACACCGGUCGACCUGUCCGCCAGAAGAUCGCGGGAACGUUCGAGCAGCAGCUCCCAGCACCAGCGCAACAAAACCGAAGCCCUCGCGAACGGUGGCGCCGCCGUUCGUCACAAAUCACCCGCCCACGACCCGGCCGGGAAUGAGCGCCGUUCCCGAAGCAAGGAUGAGGCCGGCCGCAAGUCUGGCCGACGGAGCAACUCCAACGAUGACGCCCGUGCCGAUGCAAUCGAUCCGAAGCACUGGUCACCGUACGGUUGCCACUACUUUCCCGAUCCGCGCAACUUCCCGUCGCCCAAGCUGGAAACGCUGCCGAAGGAACCGCUCGGCAACGGGGAGCAGUACUUCCUCGACCUGGCCGGCAACAUCCGGAAGGGCCCGGUGGGCGUCGGCAACACCUGCUACUGUGCGCCGUUCUUCAAGCAUCUGGAGCAGCGGAUGAACCAGAACCGGAGAAGCAUACGGAAGUACGUGCACCGGGCGACGGAGAAGCUGGACAGCCGGAUGACGGCGCUGGCGAUGCGUACCGACGAUCAGAUAGAGGAGCUUACCAAAUCGAUGAUAGCGAGCCGGGUGCAGUGUGAGAACAAGCGGCUCCAUCUGGAGCAGUGGCUCAAGCGAGGCAUCGCGGAACGGUCCACCACCACGGCGACCUCGGGCGGGUUGGAGCACAGCAACAGCAAAACCAAAAAGGACGAGGCUAACACCAACACGCUCACGCGCUGCCGCAGCCUCGAGCUGCUGGACGACCAUGACGCGAUGCUGCUGGCGAACGGUGUCGACGGGUUGGUCGACGAUCAGCUGCGCAAGGCUUCGACCCCCACGCGGCAGCUGUUCUCGCGCAGCAUUGACUUCCUCGAUGCGGCCACUAACGGUGAAUCCGACCACCAUCAUGCCCAUCGUGCCAACCAUCGGCAGCAACAUCAGCACCAGCAGGAGCUGGAAAGUCAUCUGCGAUUGCUGCAGUAUGCCGCCGCCGCCGCCGCCGGUGGCCAUCAGUCGGAUGCGCUCGAAAGCUCCAACAACUCCAACAUGAAGAACCACUCGGAGUCGGCCGAAACGCCCCCCAUACCGGCGGACGGGGUAGGAGGCAUACGGAUAUCACGCCGGCCACGCUCUUCCUCCAUGUCCGGGCGGGAAAGCUACUCCUACUCCUCCGACAACAACAAGGACAAUGAUCGCGAGAAGCCUCCACGGCUGCUGAACGGGGGCCACGAGCUGCAGGGCGGGAAGAAGCGCUCCCUCUCCUCAAUGCCAACCUCAUCCACACCGACGUCGGCCAUCUCUUCGAAUGGGGCGGCACCGCCCGCAACGGCCAAGAGCGAAAAAGCCAAAGUCACGGAACGGCUCGAGGAGCUGCUGACCAAGACGAAAAAGAUCCUCGAACUGGAAAAGAUGACAAAGGGUGGCGGUGGUGGUGGUGGUGUUGCUGGUUUAGUGUCUUCCCCACUCCUCGGUACACACCCGAACACGGCCAUCACACCGACGACGACGACGGCAGCGACCGACAAUCGGUACGUGCUUGCGUUGGACAAACUGCGCGACAUCCAUCACUACGAACCAUCGUCGGCCUCGAGCGGCUCGAAGCCUCUCGGACGCUCCGCCCGCGACUCACCCGGGUACGAUAUCGCACAGGAGAUGGAAAAGAUCACCAAAUCACUGUUACCUGCCGCUCCGGUGUCGCCGGAAAUUGCGAAAGACAUUACCACGCGCAAGGAGCGCCCGACGACCGUACUGUACGCGUCCUCCUACCAUCAACAGCAGAGCGUUCGACGCACCACACCGCAAGGUUCGUCGCCACUGUCCACAACGCCACUGUCCACGAUGUCUCCCAGCUCAUCACUGCUCGGUGGACAGACGGCCCCCUCGCGCAGCUCACCCUUGUUCGGGGCCGAUCAUCGGCAACAUCAUCAUCUCGCCUCGACCAACUUCAUGGAGGGCCAGCCGAGGGAAGAGCAGACGCGAGGGGAGGUGACCGCGGCGAUGGGUGUGCUCAUGAAUGGGUUCUACUCGAACAGCUGCUUCGAGGAGGGACCGCCCAGCUCCUCCAACAACACCACGAUCAAAUCGGUUGGACCAAGCAGGCAGCAGCAUCGGCAAUCGGAAGAGGAGGAUGAAGAGGAGGACGAAGAAGAGGAAGAAGAAGACGAAGAGGAAGAAGAGGAAGCAAAGGAAGAGGAGGAGGAGGAGGAAGAGGACGAACAUGAUGAGGAAGAUCUGUCCGACCGGUGCGAUCUAUCGGCGAUGGCGAAUUUGGCCGAGCUGAAGGAGCUCAAGAGCCGCAUCCUAAACGGAACGAACUGGCGCAGUCAGGUGCUGCAGAAGAGCGUCCAGGAGCUGCUAAGAAGCGGCGAGGGAGGAGUGGACACUGAUGCGGGGCCAUCGGAGCAAGACGCGUCCCAAACUCUGGGUGAAACGAAUCGUGUCAAGUACAUCAUCUCGAAGCUGCAGCAGAGUGGCAUUGGUGGCGGUGAUGUAGCGGUCCGUACGCAGCAACAUCAAGUGCCACCGAUGGCACGCUGCGAAGACUUCUCCGACAGUAGUAGCGAAGAGGAGGAGGAGGAGGAGGAGGAGGAGGAGGAGGACCAGGAGGAAGAGGAACGACAGCACGAGCAGGUCGAUCAUGACGAGGAUUGUGUCGAUGGACCACCGCUGCCGAUGAACGGCGGCGAGCUGGACCCGGAAAAGCCGGCCACAAUCGGAACGGCGAAAACGCUCAUUCAGCUUUACGAACAAUCAUCCUCGACGGCUGUAAAUGGUGGUGGCGCCAUCGGGAAGCCAGCGCCGGCCAACGGUCCAACUUCCUUCGCCAGUGUACCAAAGGAUGCGUAUUUCCACGAGCUGCCGGCGAGGAAGUUACUACCGCCGCCGGAAUUAAGCUCCAUGGCGGGAUUGACGUCAUCGCGCGUCCAUCAAACGGCUAGGAGUCGCAAUCCACUUCCAUCCUAUCUGCUGCAGGAAGGGGCUGGCGAGCUAUUCCAGCAACAAGCUGGAGAUAUUCUCGAACAGCAGCAGCAGCAGCAGCAAGGUUACUUCGAUGAGUUGCACUUCCAAAGCCAUCAUCGAUCGCCGGUGACGGCGAUGAGUUCGUAUCCCAUUCCGGCCGAUGGCUUCCUUCCGCCAGUGGGACUGCCGACCCCGGUCAACCAUCAUCACCAUCAUCCACACGGGCACAGUCAACUCCAGCAGCAGCAGCAGCAGGAGAAGCUCCUAUCGACCCGCAAGUACAUGAAUCCUUCCUCCGCCGUAUCGCUCGCCAGCACGGGAACUCCUUCGCCCGAAUUCCCGCUCUAUCAUCAGCAUCAGCAGCCAAUGCAAUCGAGCAGCUCCACCACCACCAUCCCCCCUCAACCUGCAUAUCCCGGUUCUGCCGGUACCGCCUCCGUCAUCGGUGGCCAUUCGCACGCAAUGAUGACGAUGAUGGCCGCCGCCGCCGCUGCCGGCCGCAAAUCGGUUGAUCAGCUCUCCUCGAACGGGGAAGACUCGGGCUACGUGAGCGGGAAGGUGAGCGAGAUUCACAUCCCGAGCGGUGGCGCCAGUCCGCUGCUUUCGGCCGGCGCGAGCAACGUCCUGAUCAUACCGCCACCGGCUUCAUCCGGCUCGCCGAAACACUUCCUACCGUCGUACCCGGGCCAUCAUCAUCACCAUCAUUCUCCGCUCGUGCCGGCGCUGCAUCAGCGUGGGAAUGGGACGCCGCCGCACCAGCAUGGCAGCGUGGUGACUUCGAUCGUUCCGCCACCGGUUGGGCCCGGUGUACCGCCGCCCGCGGGGAUGCACCCAACGACGGGGCAAACGACCGCCCAGCUGCACGCCGCCGUAGAGCAGAAGCAGCAAGCGCUCUACAAGCUGGGAGCGUCGAGCUUGGUCUAAGUAGGCGCGUCCAAGUGCGUCGCUUGUGUACAGGUAGACAAGGCAGAAUGUUGAAUAAUCGCUCUAGCAGUGUAAGCACGGGGUGGCUUUGAAGGACCGCUGCUCCUUCCGGUCCACAUCUCCCCGCUAUCUCUCUUUACGAUGAUAUUAAAUUAUUUUUUCUUCUACGUACGGUUGUAAUUAUUAUUUAGAACGCGCUCCUAGCGUGUCCUGUGUGUAGCCCUGUGUUACUGGAGCAUGUGUUUUCUCGUUUUAUAAAGAAACAAGGACGAAGUGGCCAACUUACAGAAGAGCGGAGGAUGCUGUUGGUCAAAGUGAGAUAUAAAUAAAGCUCCUUUUAAAGCUGAAAAUAUAA